AUCGGCGCGUUAUCUUUCCCUCAAAUGUCCGGCUUUUCAAAUUUCAAAAUGGCGGCGCAUAGAGAAAUUCAUUUAUGUGGAAUUUUUAUUUGUUUUAUUUUCCUUUUAAUCAAUUCGACAAUUGGUGCGUCUCCCAUUUACACAUUUAAUGACACUUUCCAUGCUGCAGCUGUACAACCAGCAGAACAUAAUACUCACUUGGUGAAUGCGUCCGUACCAAUCAUAUAUAAAGGGAAAUCUUACAGAGAAUUUUUUAUCAGCAAAGAUGGACUCAUUGUGUUUACUAAAGAAAAAGCUGCGGUCACUUAUCACUCUCAAGACUGGUCAGCAUCAAAUAUUGCCCCCUUUAUUGAUCUGCCAUUUAUAGCCCCUUACUACCAUAAUGGACAAGCCCUGGACAUUCUCCAAGAUUACACCGGGCACGUGUUUUACCGAAUUUUCGACAACACAAAUGAUAACACACGUAGCAUAGACCUUCUUGAUCUUGGCGGAUAUAUUCGAGAACAAGUCGUUGGCAGUACGCACUUCGAUCCGACCUGGGGCAUUGUCAUUACGUGGGAAAACGUGACGGCGACACAUAUAAUCCAGGAUAAUUCGUGUUUAGGAACAACUAAAAGUCCAUGCCCGACAAAUACAUUCCAGUUAGUUCUUCUGACAGACGGCACUCAAUCGUAUGCUAUCUUUAAUUAUGGAACGAUGGACAUGACUCCAGCAAAAUAUGAUCAGGCUGGUUUCAAUGGUGGAAGUGGCACGGGGUUUACAAAUAUUGUUCCAGAAACACGAUCCAUUAAGUCGUUAAAUCAGAUACAAGGAAGUGAUAAAAUUGGAAGAUUCAUUUUUAGAAUUUCUUCAGGGAAGGUAUUCCAUGGAGGUUGUUCUGAUGAUACGGCUUACACGCAAUUAAAUGUAAAUCCUAACUAUGCCGGUAUGUUUGGAGGUAAAAUGAUUGAGAUUUCUGGUCCCUGUUUCACCGACAGACAACAGAUCUUUUGCCGAUUUGAAGAUCAAAACCACGUAACAUCAGCAUCUGAAGUACUGGCUUCCUACGUCAGUCGAACACAUGUCAGGUGUGUGGUGCCACGCCUCCUCGUGCGUGACCGCGUAAUUCUAAGCCUAUCAACGGACAAUGGGCGGACCUAUCCUUACAGCACAACGUUCACUAUUGUUUUUCCUGGAAGAAUGUCUGACUCGGAGCAUGUUAAAGCUGUGUAUAAAGCAAAUGAUCUUGGAUGGUACUCACAUAAUCCUACCACACUGAGCCUGACAUGGAAUAAUGUGUUGUUAAGCAACAAUAGCAAUUCUCUUGUUGACAUACAUCUUAUUGGUUACAGAGAGAUUAAUGGCGGGGGAAGUUAUUCACUGUUGAUUACAUUAGGCAAAGAUAUUCCAGCUGCCAGGGGACGAUAUACCAUCAACCCUCAGGAUUAUCAGUGCAGUGGUCAAGAUUGUUACAACUAUGAGGUCGGACUGGUUGAAGUGAGACUCCAGGACCAGUUCGUGCCACAUAGCCACAAGUUCUUAUCAACAAAGGCUAUUCCACUUGGCUGGUAUGUCCAAAAUGCAAUGACUGCUCAACAUGGCACGGACUGGCCAUCCAGUUUGUGUAUGAGCUGGUACAACAAAGCGUUUCAGGAUAUGAACUGGGUUAACUCACUGCUAAGUUGUCCGUGCUCUCUUGCUCAAGCUAUAUCAGAUUUUGGAAGGUGGCAACACGAUCACGGGUGUAAUUUACAAAAUUCCGAAAAUUCCGGCAACUGUUUUUACCACCAGGAAGCUGUUCAUUGUGUCAGAGCUGUACAACCGGUUGGUGGCGCUGGUAACCAAUGUUGCUACGGUAAAAGCGGGCACCUAAUUUUUGCGGCCGAUACUUUCCAAGGGAGUACACCCGACAGGAGCCAUGACUGGGGAGCAGCUCCUUACGGCAAUCCUGGUUACGUGCCUAGCCUAUCACACUGGAUAGACGAUGUAGUGACAUUUUAUUACUGCUGCCUAUGGUCGGGCUAUAACUCGUGUGAUUAUUAUAUGGAUGUAAGACCGACCUCAGAUUGUACUGGGUAUUCACCACCGGUUCCAGCAAGCGUAUAUGGACAAGGUCAUAUUGCAACAUUUGGUGGUCUUAAAUUCCGUAUGCUUGGGCCGGGUGAUUUUGUUCUGUUGAGGGCAGGAAACACAGAGGUGCAAGUCAGAUUCCAGAAAAAUCUCUUCCCAACAGAAAAUAAGAAGACGAUAGAGACUACGUAUUCGUUAACAGCCGUUGCGGUGCAAGACCGCGGCACUUCUGACAGAGUAGAACUGCGCCUGCGCGGACCAGAAUUCAAUCAUGAGUAUCAGCACAUUGAUGUCCUUGUAAAUGGAGAAUUCAUUGAAUUCAAUGAAGAUUCUUUGAAAUGGCAAGACUUUAAAGGUGUAGCAGUUGUGAACACCGACACGAGAAAGGUGAAAUCAAAUUUUACCGUACUGCUUACGAAUGGUAUAGGCUUUCAGGUAGCAGAAAUAGCCAACACGUUACAACUUGACCUGAUGAUGCCUUCAAAUACAUAUACCAACCAGUCUGGAUUGUUGGGCGACAUCGGUGGAAUGAAAACCUUGCCAAAUGGAACAGCAUUCUACAUUGAUGCAGAUAAUAGAAGCGCUUUAUACAACCAUUUUGAACUUGCUUGGGCGGUAAAUGAUACCAGCAGUUUGUUCAGUGACAUACUGCCUGCCAAAUACGCAUUUCAAGGCAAGAUUGAACUAUUCCCAACAGAAAUGCCUGAUCAUGAUAAAGGGUAUACUUCUUUAUGUGGCAUACAGGGAGGAAGUUCCAAAGAAUGUAUAUUUGAUGACAGGUAUACUGGCUCACGAGAUAUUGCACGUGCUACAAGAGACGCUGCUGUAAGAUAUGCCGCACUGAGCGCCAAUCUUCAACCAGUGCGAUCUUGUGGUUUAUUGAACGUCCCUCGAUCCAAGAAGAGCAAUUACGGCUACACGAUAGGUACAACUACGACCAUAACAGAGUGCAGGACUGGUUCUCUGUCUGGUACCAGGUCGUAUACAUGCGUGGAAACAUCUAAUGUGACGCAAGAAUGGUCCCCGGCCGUCACAGCAACAUGUGAUGUUCAGACGGAAUCAGCUGCUAUAGGGUUGAUAGUGGGCGUCACAGUGGCUGCAGUAGUUGUAGUGGCUAUUGCUAUUGUCACAGCCAUAGUAUGUAUAAGGAAGCGGAGGAGAAAAGAAUGGAAAAGAUCGGGAGAGGCGAAGACCGGAGAAGAGGCUGUGGCUAUGAAAACAGCAGUUGCAAACACCGGCAAGGAAAGAGGAUAUGGUGAUACCGAGAUGUCUGGAGGACGGUCGGGAAAUGAAUAUACCAUUUGAUAGGAUGUAGCAAAAUAUGACCAACUUCAGUAUUAUGUGACAUACUUUUGUUUAGACAAAACAAAGAAAUUUAAAAUUUAGUGCUACUUACUGCACAUUUUAUUUUGCUUAAAAUAACUGAUUAUUUCUUGUCCAGUAGAUAUUACAAUUAUCUUCUAUUAUUGUUUGGAGCAGCAUAAAUAUUGUCACCAAUGUGUUAAAUUCGCCUUAUAUAUCAUCAUUACAGACUAUGUUUGCUUAACAUAAGCGCCGACUUAUCUCCGAGAAUUUAUCAAGCGAGAACAUAUUCUUUAUCAUACAUAGAUUACAUGUACAUGUUUUGUUUACAUUCCAUGACAGCAUAUUUUGUUAUCCAGGGUUGUACUCUUUUAUACGUCAUUUUUACAUUUGUAAAUAACAUUACGUUUCAUACUGAGUCAGCAACAAUCAUCACAAAAAACUUCUAAUCAUGUAUAUUUUUUUGUAAGACAGCGUGAAUGUAGAAAUUUCUCAUUUUUCUCAUCUUACAUAUCUGACAAAUUAGUUGCGUGCUUAGUUGUUGUUUGUUCUUUUCGAAAUUUUGAUAUACUUUUUCAGUCUAUUCCAUUGUCAGGUUUGAAAUCGACACUGAGUAUGCUAGAAUGUACAUUGUAUUGAGAUACAUAUUUUAUAUACUUAGCAUUUUAAGAACUGUUAUUGUAUAAGUAUUUUAUAUACAUUUAUGUGCGUGACGAUUUCAUUUCUCUUAUUGUAUAAAACACUCAUAACGUUUUUGCAUCACGUUUGGGAUCCGGUAUUAUUGCAUGAAAAGCUUUUUCAAAAUAUGUCAUGUUUUGUCGAAUGUUUACGUAAGCAGUAAUUGUAAUUAAACAAUAACCAAUAAUACUAUUGCACAUAAGCUAUGUAUAAUUCUUCUCCCUGAUUCCACAGCAGAACAUUAGCACGGUGGCGCAUACAUGUUUCAGUUUACUUCUGACGUUUUUUUUUUUUUUUUUUUGGAACACUUUGAAUUCAUAUUUAACAAAAAUAUGACCAUUGACUCUUACAUCACUCUUUGUGUAGCACUAAAACUAUUUUUUCUUCUGACAUGUUUUGGAACACUUUGAAUUCAUAUUUAACAAUAUAUGAACAUUGACUCUUACAUCACUCUUUGCAUAGCAAUAUAACUAAGUAUAAUACACAUACUAAACAGCUUUGAGGAAUGGAAAUAUGAAAUUGGGUGUUAAUGUGUUAGGCUAAGUCACUGGAAUGAUACAUUCAUAGUUAUGUCUCCCACCACACAGUGGCGUGGGAGACAUAUUGAUUUACUCCUGUCUGUCUGUCCGCACUCUAAGUCAAACAUUUCUCAUCCGAUCUUCACUAAACUUGAACAAAAUGUGUUUGACCAUAAGACCUCGGACAAGUUCUAUAACUAGCCAAAUCAACCGAAGCACUUAGGAAUUAUGGCCCUUGAAUUACCGAAAAUCAGCCUUUUUACUCUUGUCCGCGCUCUAAGUCGAACAUUUCUCAUCCGAUCUUCACCAAACUUGAACAAAAAUAAGUCCUUGGGCAGAUUUGAUAACUAGGCAAAUCGGCCCAGGCACUUCGGAAUUAUGGCCCUUGAAUUACCGAAAAUCGUUCUUUUUUACUCUUGUCCGCGCUCUAAGUCGAACAGUUCUCAUCCGAUCUUCACCAACUUGACCCAAAUGUUUUUGAUCAUAACUCCUAGGCCAAGUUCGAUAACUAGCCAAAUCGCCCGAGGCACUUCAGAAUUAUGGCCCUUGAAUUACCCAAAACUAGCCUUUUUACUCUUCACAGGUAUAUUUGUAGUGAGUAAACAGUAUUUGAAGACUAUUUAGAUGAUUAGGCAGUUGUGGGAGACAUGCGCUUUUCUCAAAAGCAGCUCUAGUUUUCAUAGCUUUUCUAAAUAUUCUAAAUCCAUAACAUCAUUGUUUCAUCUGAACAAAAUCUAUUUUUAAGAAGACCGUUUUUAGAAAGCUUUGUGUGUACGUUUUAAUCUAGAAUAUUAAUGAAAACUUGUUAAGGAUAUAUACUCUUUGCAUUUGUGGAAAUAAUAUGUCGAUUGGCUGUUCAGCAUAAGAAAGAAAGGGAUCUUGCUCUUUUCCUAAACACAGAGGUAUACAUACAUGGCACUUCAUAAGAAAUUCAUUUGUACUUGUAUUUUAUCAUUAUCAUAUCGAUUUUAAACAGUCAUCAUUGUACAUUGAUAUAUGUGUAUGCUUGAAAACUUGUAUAAUUCAAUGUCUUCAUUGAGCACAUGAAAAUAAACACCUUUUUU